UGAAUCGUUUAGUUUCCCGUUUCAUUUUCCGAGGAUAAUCAUAAAAUCCCCAUCGUAAUUAAUUUUUUCUCAAACUUAUAUUAAGAUCAAGAUCAAAGCAGAGCAUUUAUUCGGUCUCUGUUUUGAUUUCACGGAAAAAAAAAAAAAAAGACAGAGUGAAUUAAGAGAAAGAAAAAAAUGAUGAAGCAGUUUGAAUACCAUGGCGUGGAGGCGGAGAAAGCGGAGGCGAUGAGGAGAUACAACAACCGUAGAAGCUUCCGAAACCUUCUGCGUUUUGUCGUCGUAGUUUCGCUCUGUUACUUAUUGUUCCCCACGGUGGCGAGUUCGUUACAAACCGUCGGCGAUUGGAUUUACCGGACCGGUUCGGUUAUGAUAACCGGUCGUUCUCUCGUCUUCGUCUUCGCUAACCUAAUCGUCGCUUCGAUCUUCCUUCUCUCCGGCCAGAGCAACGACGAGAAGAGUCGUAGUAGUGGUAGUAGUAACAACGAACCAGAUCUCUACGAUCAAUACACCUCUUCUUCCUCCGCCGUGAUCGUAACCGCCUCCGAGGAGAAAGUGGUGGAAGUUGACGAUGAUGAUUCGAACAAGCAAAUCGUACCGGCGUAUAACGCGGAGGUUAAGGAGGCGGUUACGAUGAAGAAAGAGAUAUUGCGGCCGGUGUUGGAGUAUCGGAGAAUGGAGUCGGCGAAAGUGGUGGAAGACGAUGAAUCGGACAAGCAAAUCGUUCCGGCGUUAAUCGCAGUGGAGGUUGUGGAUGAGGCUACUGAGAAGGCGGUUACAACAACGGGAAUUUAUAGGAGGACGAAAUCGGAGGCGAAGAAAGAGAAAUUCCGGCCGACGAUGGAGUACCGGAGAACGGAAUCGGCGAAAGUGGGGGAGAUGGAAACAUUGAGCAGUGAAGAGUUUCGUUUGAAGGUAGAGAGCUUCAUAAUGGAGAAGAAGAGGAUGCUUGUUUUGGAAAACGACGUCGUCCAGUAUCAAGGUCAAGGACUUGGAUCUAGACAUAGCCUCCGUUGCUAGUCCUACUCCUGCCUCUGGUUCUGGUUCUGGUUCUGGUUCUAGCUAUGGCCAUGGCUCGUGGUAGCCUAAAAAGCUGACUUGGAAGUAAGUGAUGGAGAGGGGCAUAAAAGUCAAAAUUCA